AUGUCACCUUCCAACGGCGCAGAGCCGCGUUAUGCCUCCAUCAAUGAUCGAGAGAGUCAAGCUCCCGAGCUUUGCAUGGAGCAACCCGGACUCGAAGUCGCUGCACAACGACAGAAUGACGCGGCGGAUUGGUCCGGCCUUCAAAUCACUCAAGCACCUUCCGAAUAUCAACAAGUUCCUGGCAAGGAGGCAGUGUCAUUUGGAAAGAGUGAGAAGAUUCCCGUCGUCGAAGACCAUGCCGUGGCCGAGGUCGAGGGCGUCGGCAAGACGCCACCGACAUUAACACCAAAAGCCAAACGACGGUUCUUAAUCGCGGGCGCAAUCUUCCUGCUAGUCGCGUUGGGAGCUGUUGUCGGAGGCUUCACGGCAAGCAGGGAAGCGAAGGCUUCGUGGAACAGGGUCUGGGGAACGUCACCAACAGGAGAUUCUGGGACUGCAGAGCCCACGGGAACAUCUACCACCAACUCCACGACGAAUUCGCUACCGAUAAAGCAAGGGCCACCAUUGACCGUCACUGGUUGGCGAAAGGAAAUGGGCGUCGAGAUCUUCCUCUUCUAUCUGAACACCGAAAACGUGAUUCAACGCUCGACGUUGACUUCGACAUCGACGUCGACAGGGACAAGCAAAAAGAGUUGGGGAACAACAACCAAGAAAUACUCCUCCUUCGUCAGUGGGAGUAGUCGUCUGUCGGGGACCAUCAUUCAAUACGGCGAUGGGUACCAGCCGCAAACCGAACUGUUCUACACGAAUGAAGACAACCGGCUCAUUGGCUUAAGCUUCAACGACAAAUACAGCCCGGUAUAUCAGGAGGACAGCAUCAAGAACAUGCUUCUCGCCACCGGCACCAACAGCAGCGUCAGCACGUACUGGCCCUGGGCAACAUUUCAAGGAUCCGACGGCAGGCUGUGGGAGGUGCGCAAUCGCCUCCGGGAGGAGUUCUCGCCUGCGGCAGAAUGGGAUGCGAAAAAAUUAGACAUCAUUGCCGCUGAUGCCAGCCGUUUGGCAUUGGUGCCGCUGGCAACCAACUUCAGCCAGAUUGCUACUAAAGGUGGUUACGGUAUUGUAUAUCAGGACGAAAACAAUCGGUUGGCUGUUUUCAUGCCUGAUUUCAGGCUCAACUCGGAUGAACUCGGGACGUACUAUGCCGCUUCCUGGCCUACGGAUUUUCUCUCCGUUACCCUGCCGGAUCACGGAGUAUUUGCCGCAUUUUCUGUCGCCCGGCCUUCGGACUCGCUCGGGCGAGUAAAUACCUACAUCCUGUAUGUUGACGCAUCUUCAAACAUCAACGUGGCCUACACCGAGGAUUCUUCAUCGUGGCUUAUCUCUCGACCAUCGGCCUUACAAAACGUCGAUCCUGAUACGGAUAUUACGUGCCUGACGAUGGCGACCACAUACCGAGAUUCGAGCCAGAGCGAGGUGCCACUGAUGGACGCUUCUUGGAAGCUAGCUCGGUGUUAUUUCCAGAAGGGCGGGCUGUUGCGAGAGAUGGUUUUUGAUGGUACCGACUGGGUUCAUUUCGGGAACGUGCCAGUAUCGUAG